CCCACGAAAUGCACAAACUGCGACACACAAACAACGCCUCUCUGGCGUCGUAAUCCGGAGGGACUUCCUCUCUGUAAUGCCUGUGGUCUGUUCUUGAAGCUACACGGUGUGGUUCGGCCGCUUAGUCUUAAGACGGACGUAAUCAAGAAACGAAACCGAACAGGACCGAACGCC